AUGCCGUUCAAGCUCGAAUCUGUAUUGGAACCCUAUUCUGGUGGUGAAAACGACUUCGCUCUUUGGCUGCAGGAGUUCGAGACGGUGGCCGAGGCUUCUAAGUGGACUAUUAAGCAAAAGUCACAAUAUAUCGUACUUUUUAUGAAGGGCUCGGCCAAAGAGAUCGCUAGGCAAGCCCUGGAGGAAGUUGAGGGCGAUCCAGCUGGUGCCUAUGCUCAUGUGGUUAGGGCCCUGGAUAGAGCGUACUCGCUCAAAACUCACGAGGCGUGGAAGCGUCUGACUCGCCGUGAGUGGCACAAGGAAGAUAGUGUUGAUGGUGUAUUAGCUGAAUUCCGCCGCUACCUUAGAGUGCUAGGGGUUACUACCACAGUGGCUGCUGAGAACAUCCUUCGUGAAAGCCUGAUUGCCACCCUGCCCGAAGACGUGCAGAAGGCCAUCCGGGUGUUCGAGGAGGAUGGGCGCCAGUUGCCUUUGGCUGAUGUUGUUGCUAAGGCUCGAGCUCAGCUGAAGACUUACUCUGGUGAGAAGAAGCUUGCUGCGGGUGCUGUCACUGGUGGUCAAUACUGUUAUAUCUGUAAGGCAACCGGCCAUAUUGCUGCAGAGUGUCGAGAGCGCGGAGCGACACGUCCUACCUCGAAGCCCAAAGGCAAGGGAAAGGGCAAAGGACCCCGAUGCUAUGCUUGUCAAAAGUAUGGUCACAUUGCAAGGGAUUGCAAAAACAAACAGAGCAAGGCCGGUGCUGCUAUUGAGAAGGAUUUUGUGCAGGCAGAGCAGCCGAUGGGCGGGGUUGUUCUGCAUAUGUAA